UAAUGGUACACGAUAUACAGGCAGUGCAUGAUCGAGCGAGAGCGGGCAUGCGCUGUAUUGACUGGUGACGUCACACAUUCCUUCUACAGCGGACUGUCCAGACCAGACAGUUCUGAAAUAGCUCUACCUGUUCGUUGUCCAGCAUGGUGGCGUCGGCCGGUACGGGAGCGAGAGUGCCUGCCGCUCUCCCGAGGAUCCUGAAGGACUACACGAAGGCAGCCAUUCGGACGCAGCCGAAGGACCUCCUCACCUGGUCGGUCGCCUACUUCAGAUCCAUGACAAACGGCACCGUGCCCCCCGUCAAGGACAGGCUCGAAUUCCCUGUUCCUGAAUCGAAGGGUGGCAUCUCCCCCGGAAUCCUGCGCGUGCUUCACCGUCAGCUGGGCAGCGAAGGCAGCAUAGAAUGGGGAGCCCUUCAGGAGGUGUGCGGGGCCAUGGGCGUGGAGGAGGCGAUGGCCCAGGAAGCGUGGAAGCGGGCUGGGGGCGGAGACAAGGGUGCGGUCGAAUGGGACCACAUACUGACCCACAUCGCAGGACUGGCCACCCACUCCGACGCGGAAGCCCUGCAGCUGGUGAUGGCGACCAUCUCGGAAGACCCAGUUGGCCAUAAAGUGCAAGCUGACACCAUUGUGGACCAUCUCCAUCGCCUGCACACCCAUAGCAACAUCGUGCCCACUGACCAGUACAACGAUACCGUGGGUUACCUCAACGAUAUUGCGAACUACCAGGAUGGGUUUUUGGCGCCCUCGGAUCUCACAAGGCCUUCGUGUCCUCUCAUUAACUAGGUGGAGAGUCAUUGGACUGCCAUUUUCACUUCGGUUUCAUCCCUACUGUGAAUUCGUAUACGAUAGUGAGACUUUUGCCUAUGGGUGUAUUAGUGGGUCGUGUUAAAGUAAAAUUAUGAUGGCGUAUUACGAGAAAGUGUCUUUUUUUCAGUUAAAAGAUUAUUGUACUGUGCCAUCAAUAGGUAUAUGUAGUUUCUGUUUUUUUCCCUAAAGUUCCGCAAAAGCAAGUGCCCAGAAUAUUUGGAUUGGUGAUGGGGACCACAGAUUUGCCUUGAAUUACCUGGCGAAUCCUUUACCAUACAUAGAACGGUUAAACUCUGCUCUGUUCUGACGGCUUGGUUUGACCGGUUCUAAAAUAUACUGACAUGUUAUUAUACAAGAUUAUGCAAUGUGUUAUUUAAGACGAUAUAGUAACUAUUAUAGCAAUAGCUAAAUGUGUAUUAUAUUUUUUUUAUUUUAUUCUUUUUUUUGCACAAUACUCAUAGCCCUACAUUAAAAUAUCUGAUGUUACACUAAAUGUAUUCAGGGGUGAAUGAUCAACUCCUUUAUUUUCUUGCAAUGCUUGUUUUUAAUUAUCCGUGAAAUACAUUGUGGUGCUUCGCAUCUUCUGCCUGAAGAAAAGUGUACAAGGUGAACUGUUGUAGCACAGGAUUACAAAGUCCAGUUAACCACCAGUUAUAGCUAUUGUUAGCUGUACAGAGGUGAAGAUUAUUGUAGCCUAGAAGAUGAAUAAAUUAAAUUAGCAGAAAUAGGUAAUCAUUUUAUUUGUAUUUUCUAUACAUAUCUAUACUGUCUGUCAGUUAUGUCUAGCCACCUAACACAGUGGACGUGUUAUGAAAAUUAUUAGAGUAAUUCGACUGAUCAUAUAAGGCAACCAUAUUACUCUAGCGAUAGUGCUGAAUUAAAUGGCUGUGUCACUUAAUAACCAGCAGCUAUUUCAUGCUUACCAAGCUAAAAUGAACUUGGUAAGGAAACUUAAAAAAAAA